AGGGCGUCAUCACUUGUAAGAUACGCGCGUCACUGGCAUCUCCUUCGUCAGUGGGUCGCGCUCUCUGGCAUCGUAGUAUUCCUCCCUCCUCUCAAGACUCAAGUCACAAGCAGUGCCACUCAGUACUUCUCCUCACCCAAGAGAGACAGAACUUUGCUCGGUCUAAUGUACACUAAGAAGAUUCUCUAAUUGAACAGACAGUGAGAAAAGUUGAACUUCAACCUGGUGAAAGAGACAAGACUUGAAAUAAAACUGAUAGAUGAAACUUUGGGUUAAAUAGUUGAGUUGAGACAGUGCUUUGCAUACUCUCUCGGGUCGUGGUGUCGCUCGUGUCCUUCGGCUCCUGAGACUCACUAGUGUCCAUCAUGGUGAGGAUGUGGGGUGAGCGCCUCUACCUGCGUGUGUUCGUGGCCGCUGUGUGUGCUGUGGUCUACUGCACAGCCCAGCACAGCGCUGCAGACAGUCUCGAAUCCAUGUUCAACCAACUAGUACAAAACUCCGGCUCUGAAGUACAGUCCCUCUCCUACUGCAGGAUAUCAACCCGAGACCUAAUAUCUACCGCCCAGAGUACCGCCAACAGGGUUCUUCAGGGAGUCUGUAACCCACGUGAACUGAACGAGAGGUUUACAACGCUGGAGAAACAAGUGGUGGAUCAGUUCAAUGUUCUCAAGACAAUGGUUCUGAACAUUGAGGAUCAACUGAGAAACCAAGACAAACAGAUCAAGAAACACCACGGCAAACUACGGCAAGCUAUUAGGGUCAUCAGGGGCGGGUCAGUGGGCGGGGCGACCUCUAACGACUACCACCCAGAGGACGAACCCGAGGCCGCUGACUAUGAAGACGGUGACUAUAACGAGGAGGGCGAGGAUCACAGCCCCCGCCUGACGGAGAUCUACAGGUACAACUCGACGAUGCACCAGGAGGACGGGUGGAGGGUCUUCACGUACUACUGGAGGGUAGGAGACAUCGGCUACAAGAUGGACAACUGGGGGUGGCGACGCUCCCUCAGGUCUGAGAGUUUCUACGUGUUCCAGGACGGCUACCGCAUGUACAUGAGGAUCUACCCCAACCAGCGCGGGGAGAAUGUUUACAUCCACGUUGGCCUGACUGAGGGUGACUACGACGCCACACUGGACUGGCCAUUCCGUCUCAAACACCGGAUCAACGUACUUGACCACGGCUUCCCGGCUGAAGACCUAACCAGCCGUGUGUGGGACCCGAAGCAGCUAUGUUCGGGCUGGCAUUGGCGACGUCCUGACUCUGGUGAUAACUAUGAGUGUGUCGGGUUAGGUUUUACUAAGGAGACACUCAAGACGCGCAACUACGUCAGUAAUGAAAGUAUUGUUAUAAAGUUGACGGUAUACUUGAGUACCUAGGAGGCAUCCUCUUGUCGUGGAGAAGGAAGGAAGGAAGGAAGGAAGGAAGGAAAGAAGGAAGGAAGGAAAGAAAAUACAAAACGAAGGUACAGAGAACUGCAUCACAUCUAAUACCUAGUAGACGAUGGUAAUGAGUGAAGAAGAGAAGGAGGGAAGUUGGAUGAUAAAUGGGAGAUAAUGAAGAAAGAAAGAAAAUGGGAUAAUGGGGAUGGAGAAAGAAGGAGAAAAUGGAGAUGAAGAGCAGGAAAGGAAGAGAGAAACAAAUGAAGAACAAGAAGAAAAUAACAACAACAAUAACAACAACAAAAGCCAACAAUAACCAAGACAAAUUAACAUACAAUAUAUUGAAUGUUUUAUACAACCUUUGGAGGACGAUGGUUUAAGAUGGUUUAAUUCCAUGAAAAUUAUACAAAUAAAUCCCUAAACUCAAACACUUGCUACUACUCCCUAAACCAACAUCCUAAAACAGUUGAACCUUAAACCAUUAAACCAUCGUCCCCCCAAAGAAAUAAUAUUUGUGAUUUUCUUUUAUCAUUAUAUUAUUAUUGUUAUUAGAAAGUGUUACCUUAUAUAAGUGUUUCUCAUAUUAAGAAUUUAUUUCAUUUAUAUUACGUGUGUAUAUUUAAUCUGUGGUAUUUUUUGGGUGGGUUUAGUUUUAUGGUCAUUUAAAAGGUUUAAGUUAGAGGUUUAAGGUUGGUAUAUGUGUGUGUGUGUGUGUAAAGGAGAUGUUUGUAGGCUCAAAAAUGCAGUGUAAUAUUUAUUCCUUACACACACACACACACACACACACACACACAUCAAGCUAACUGUUAGUCUCUGAUACAACUCAUUAGUAUCAUUGAAUUAUAUUAGUUUAAGUGACGAUUACUUAGAAUACUUAUAUACUUAAGAGUAUAAGUUACCGUGUUAUGUAAUUCUCUCCUUCUCUCUUGCUUCCCUACUGUAUGGUCUUCUUCUUCUUCUUCUUCUUAUUUUUAUUCUUCUUUGUUUAUGGUUUAUGAUUCUAGUUAAUUAUUUACUUCUGUGAAUUUACUUGUUUAUAUUAUUUUUACAUUGUAUUCCUCUCUCUCUCUCUCUCUCUCUCUCUCUCUCUCUCUCUCUCUCUCUCUCUCUCUCUUGUCCUUCACACCUGUAUAACACCACAAUAAAACCCUGACUCCCUA